CCGCAGUCUCUGGUCAUCUCCUGUACUGUGUCCGCAGUCUCUGGUCAUCUCUUGUAAUGUGUCCGCAGUCUCUGGUCAUCUCUUGUACUGUGUCCGCAGUCUCUGGUCAUCUUCUGUACUGUGUCCGCAGUCUCUGGUCAUCUCCUGUACUGUGUCCGCAGUCUCUGGUCAUUUCCUGUACUAUGUCUGCAGUCCAUUGGUUCAGAAUAUAUUUUUUUCAUGUUUUUCGCCUCUAAAACCUAGGUGCGUCUUAUGGGGCGCAAAAUACGGUAAUUAACAUUUCUUCUCUUUUUUUCAUCAGCCCACAGGCUGUAUACAAAAA